UUUUUUUGGGUUCAUAAAUGGAAUUCGAAUACAGAAACUCAAAUUGAGGGGUUACUCUUCUACCAAUUACAAGACCUCAGAUAAAGGAGUCAUUGCUCCAUAAACACUUGAACUACAAACUCCUUUGAGGGGAAAAUUGAGAGAGAAAAAAACAAAAAAAAGUUGAGUUCGAGUGUAGUGAUGAAAUUGUUGGGUGUGUUUAGCAACUCUAGGAAACAAACCAAAAUAGAAGUUGUUUAUGAUGAAUUGAAAAAAAAAAUGUUUUGAUAUGACACACACUCACCACAGACAGACUGAAGUGCUCUCCUACCCUCCUCUCCUUUUUUAGCUUCUCUCUUUCUCUCUCUCUCUCCGAGCUGCGUGUCUGCACCGUGUUUCUCUCAGUGGAAGCCAACCAGACUUUAUUCUAUUAUUGAACCUCACUUCUUUCUUCUUAUUGUUUUUCCUUUCUUUUUUCUUUUUCUUCUUUUCCUGAUUUGAGUGCAGGAUUUAAUAAGCGAAUGAAGCAGCCAUUAUUGCUGUCUUCCUGGGUUUUCUGGUCUCGCAACAAACAUGGCCUUCUCUUCUUGCCUUUGCCAAUCUCCACUCUCACCCAAGAUUGACUGCGGCAAGAAGAUUGUCAGGCCUUGGAGUAGUGAUGGAAGGAAACAAAGGUUCACUUUUUCACUCGGAAGUAAUAGCACAGAACUUGUUGGUCAACAGCUUGUGACAGUGGGAGCUCACUUACACAAGCACUGGAGUUUUGUGGGAGGUUCAAGAGUUACUGUGAGACCAGAACUUGAGAGAUCCAUUCCACUUCGAAAAAGCUCAGGAGUAUAUGCAUCAUGGUUCUCAACUUCUCAAAUUGCUAGCACUGCUUUUACUUUGGGAACAACUGCAGUUCUCCCAUUUUACACCCUCAUGGUUCUGGCACCUAAAGCUGAACUAACGAAAAUUUCUAUGGAAAGUAGUAUACCGUAUAUUGUCCUUGGCAUUCUCUAUGCUUAUCUACUAUACCUCUCUUGGACUCCUGAAACACUUCAGUUGAUUUUCGCAAGUAAAUACUGGCUUCCUGAGCUGCCUGGUAUGGUAAGGAUGUUUUCCAACGAGAUGACAUUAGCUUCUGCUUGGAUUCACUUGUUGGCUGUUGAUCUCUUUGCUGCAAGGCAGGUUUUUCACGAUGGACAGGAAAACGAAAUUGAGACCCGGCAUUCAGUUUCUCUUUGCCUCUUUUUCUGCCCUAUUGGAAUUGUUACUCAUGUCAUUACCAAAGCACUGACUAAAAGUGCUGGAAGUUCCAGCACACGUAAUAUGCAUUGACAACUAAAAUUCUUCCUGAACAACCAGGAUUUGUUGGGAAGUUGAAUAAGAAAACUUUGAAUUUGAAUGAAGGUUCUUAUGUUGUCAGCAAUUUACAGACAUUCUCUCUUUGCAAGCACUGAUCUCAUAGUUUCUUUAUCAGAUACAUUCACAAGUCAUUUAUCUUUGUUAGCGGGUGGAUGUAUUAUUAAUUAUGAAAAAUGUCAUGAAGAGAAA